AUGGAAGAGAAUAUUGAUGACAUUGAAGAAGAUGAAGACAUGAAAGAGGAUGAAGAUGAUGAAGAUGGUGAUGACAUGGAGCAAGAGGAAGACGUCAAAGCAUCUGUUGCCAAACCCAAGGGAAGAAGAAAGCCGCGAUCAGUGUUAACAGGACGAGGUGUUACUCUUGGUAUGUUGAUGGAUGAUGGAGUCAUUGAGCCUGGUGAAAAAUGCCUUUCUAUUGAUUACCUGGUAUGUAUCUUAUACAUUGUAACCUAUCUAUUAUUGUUUAAAAUAUCAUUUAUACAGCACAGCUCCAGGGUUCUUCAGCAGCUCUGGUAACUGGUGUAAGUCCCUGUCUAGUUGUGACAAACGUCUUGUUUACCCACAGAAAAUAUUUUUUUUUGUAAAGAGGGUAAUAAAUCUGUCAUAUACUUUAUGCAACACUCAUUAUUUCAUGAAAGCAUUGUGAUAUCAAAUAUAGCAAAGUUUGGUGAUUAAAGGUGCCACUUUCACGUUUAAUAUUUUUCUCUGGUUGCCCAAAACAUUUUCCCACGGGAUUCUGCCAGACUCCUAAAAUAAAGGGGAGUAAUGCUCCUUUCUACUUAACAGUGGCGCUACAAAAUUUAAUGUAGAGACAACUUACCUGUGAUGUCUUGCUUCCUCAAGCUAGCUAUUGCCUUUUCUGAGAGAGCAGAACUACACAACACAACCAUACAGAACUAUAAACCAUGCAACAAACAUAAGUCAAUAGUACAGGAAAAAUUAUUCUGAACAGGCAGACAGCUGAAAAAACAUUGGGGGUAGGAGGGUUGUGGGGGCUGGGAGGGGUUAAGACUAAGAUCUCUUAAUAAAAUCCAACUAGUGGUCUAUUAUCAAUGCUGCUUUCUGAUUGGUUGAGCUACUACUAGGCUAUAUGUUAUAGCCCACUAGUAGAGAAAAGUGCCGGCUUUUUGGCAGCAAAAAAGGAUUAAAGUCUAGUUUAAGUAGCUAAUUUUUUUUAUUCUCGAUAUUUUUUGAUCAACUAGUUAGAUUUUACUACUUCUCACCCUUAUGGCCUCUGAGUCAAUAGCCCAUUCGGGCUCGAGGGAUAAUUGUUAAUUAACCCUUUAAACCCUAAGAUCAAAAUUUGAAUUCUCAUUUCUUGCCACUAUUCAUUUUCUACAGAAGUAAUGGGGAGAAGUUGAUAAAAUAUAUUAAUGUCAAGGAAAUUCAUCCUGUGUGAUCAUGACUGUCUGUAAUUCUCAUGACCACUGUGUUUUAUAAAGCAUUGACAUUACAAGGAGAAAUUUGAUGCUGAUCACUCUUAGAGCUUAAAGGGUUAACACUACUGAAGCACUUUAAUAGUUCCUAGGUGUGUUAGGACAAUGGGAUCAAUUUAGCUUUCCGGGAAACUGCCCACCUACCCCUCCCCUAACUCAACGUUGACAUUGGCAUCUCAUGUGGGGUAAAAUGUUGGGUUAGGGGAAGGGAAGGUGGGCAUUUUCCCAGAUACCUAAAUUGAUCCAGAUGGUGCUUUGUACCUCAGCACUUGCCAGUCUAAGCACAUUGGUAAUUAAUAAUAAUUACUAUUGUUAUUACAUAUGUACCAAUUUAUUUUGUUAAAGGGUCAAAAGUUUGUAGCUGAUCUCCAACCUGAUGGUAGAAUAAAAUGGCCAGAAGCUAGUCAGGUGUUUAAUUCACCAUCUGCAUGGGCAAUAUACUGCAAAAAGCUUGUCAAUCCUUCCAAGAAAUCAGGCUGUGGAUGGGCUUCUGUGAGUGAAUCAACUGCUCAAUUGUCAUUAUCUUUUCUACAUGCAGUAACCUAACCAAGUACAAUUUUUUUAUUAUACUUUAUUGUACAUUGUACUCAUUAGCUGUUUUUUCAUUGGCCUACAGCUAAUUUUGGAAAUCAGAUUAUUUAGUUAUCUGCUAGCAGAUAACUGACUAAUCUGUAGGAUACGUACAAUGCAUGAUUUUGAAUAGCAAUAUCAAUUCAGUUUCCUUGCGACAGUGUGUAUGUUAACUCUCACACUAUACUUUAUUUCAUGCACAUCAUUUGCCAUCUCCACCCGCAAAUAGCAAAAGCUAGACGAGGCAGGUGGAGAGGAAAGGUUACAGCAGUCAUAACAGAUAAUAUUGUAAAGUAACUAAAUGAACUAUGUGGAUAAAUAAGAAUUACUGAAAAACAAGCUAAAGUUACAAAAUAUAUAGUCUUAUAUAUAUGUUAUUUUCUUCAAAACAAUGUAUAACAAAACAACUAUUAGAGUCGGUUUUUGUGAUAUCCUAAAUAAUCAAGGCCUCAGUAAGUAUUAGGGACCUUAAGAUACGCCUGGACGCGGCGGUAAAGAAGAACGUUUGUUUGCCGGAGAAACCCUGAGCAAGGAUGCCACCACCUUGGCAGGAAAAACAAAUUAAGAUUGAGCAGGUUGUGUUAAGUGCUCGCCUCGCCUUCUAGCUUUAAAACGAUGUGGUUCUGUUAUGAGAACUUCCUGUAGUAAGACGAUUUUGAACUUCAGACGUACCACUCCAGCGCUAUUAAAAAACUGAAAGUGAACAAAAUAAAAUAUUUAUUAUGAAAGUUAAUAAAUGAACCAUGGCAUCUUGUUCAAGAUCUCAAUUUUCUCUGACACUGAUGUUCAAGUGUAUUACAAGCCUGCAUAUUUGUUUUCCAAUUUGUAUGGAUUUUACUCAUGUAAAAUGAACUGUUUGCCAAGAAUUGAGUUGAUGAUUGAGCCUUGCAAAACAGAAAACAAUAGAUUCAUCCAUGUACCAGUUACAGCUAUACAACUCUAAUAGUAUUAUUUUUACAACUCACCCUGGCUUUGCGAACAAGAAAAAUUAUUAUAAACAGUUACAACAAUUCACAGUAUGCUGCUCAUUACAUGUAGCUUUAUAUUUGAUAGACUAGUACAAUGUAAUAAUUUUUCAUUAAUUUUUUCCAUUUUUAUUUGAAGGUCAAGUACAAGGGUAAAAAAUUGGACCAGUUCAAAACUACUUGGUUCAGGAAACAACAUUCAUCUGUGUCUGUAAGUGUAGUCAAGGAUGUUGCAUAUGACGAUAUUUCAGGGUCGUUAAAAACAGUUUAUGUCAAAUUUCAUUGUUUUCACCGUGACACUACUAAAUAAAAUAAUAAUCAUGAAUAAUGUUUUUCAGCAAAAUCCAACUAGUGGUCUAUUAUCAAUGCUGCAUUCUGAUUGGUUGAGCUACUACUAGGCUAUAUGUUAUAGCCCCCUAGUAGCAAAAAGCACCAGCUUUGAAAACCAAAACAAUGGCGGAUGAAUUGCGUUUUGCUAGCUAAUUAUAAAGUUGUUUGUCUCGAUAUUUUGAGCAACUAGUUGGAUUUUACUAAAACAAUAUUAAUCCUCUCGCCCUCAUGGCCUCUGAGUCAAUCGCCCAUUUGGCCUAUUGAGAAGGCAAUUUGAAGCAAAUUCUUUGUGCUGACUGACUACCGAAGCGGACAAGAUGGAGCCAUGUUACCUGCUUGGGAUUUCCUGCACUGGUCCCACAGGCAAAGUGCUCUUUUUGUGGCCAUAAUAAUUAUGGCCACAAAAAGAGCACUUGUGUUCACUGAAAAUGGCUGAAUUUCAGUCCAUAAAAUGGCUGGCGCAUGAUAAUUAUACCAAGUGAAUAAGAGCUGUUGAGUUACAUCACAAAGAACAUGACAAUGAUCCCUAUCUCUUACACAAAGACACAAUAAUUUCUGUGCAUAUAUUGACAAGCAGUAGAUUACGGGAUUUGGAUCUGCACAGGCAGUUACUGGGGGCUCGGGGGCGAAUGGGUUAAUAUGUUAAUAUUUUUUGACUUGUUAUAAAAAAUUUCAGCCAUCACCCAGCAAAGACAGUUCAUCAUUGACUUCACAGAAAGAAACACCCCUCCGAGGCUCUCAGUUGGCUUCACCUACAUCAAGCAAGACCCCAGCAAGCAAAUCAUCGAGUAGUCAUGGAGACAUGCAAAGUGUGCCAUCAUCAUCAUCAUCCACAUCAUUAUCCACAGGGUCGGCUAAUGUCCAUUCUCCAACACAUGCACAUGUACCAUCAACCACCCAUCAUUCUGUACCAGUACAAAAGAAUUCAGGACCAAGCUCAUCUGCUACAAGUAGCAUCUCUUUCCCUGCAGAGGUGAAGAAACCAGCUAAAGGUUCAUCCGGCCGCGGGUAAAGCUCAGAUUGUUGAUAUUCCUCUGUUAUGUACUGUAUGUAAAUGUUUUGUUUGGCCAAUUAAUUAAAUCCUGCACGUACAGUGUUCCAGAUAAGAGAGGCAUCUGGGGUCAAUGAUCCAACAAAGACGACUUCCUGACGCGACAGAUGAAAUAUAAAACGAUGUUAGAUAAAUAUAAUGAAUAAAUUUAGCAUGUGGUCUGGGUGAAACCUCAGGUGGUCUACAUGACCCCCACUUGAAAGAAUUAACUUGAAUGCUGCAAGUUGCUAUUCUUUCCUUUCCUACACAUUUUUGCACUCCUCCACUUAACGUAUUUACAAGCAUUAAUUUAUAAUAAUUUAAUUUAUUACUUCUAGUAGCCUGAGUAUUGGAGUUUCUGGAAUCUCCUCACCCUAAGUCCCUUAGGAAGGCUUGAUUAGGCAGCUCAUAGUAUGUGCAAUCCAUCAUCUAUGAUUGUUGGAAUAUUUCACGGGCACAAGUCGGUAUAAUUUUGGAGGUAAACUGGCUUUGUUUAUGCGAUUUGGCACAUUUUUUAUGACAAAAGCAAAACAAGAUAAGAUGAAAUGUUUGUUUUAACUUUACUCUUUAAAUUUAAAUUUAAAUCAUAGAGAAAACUGUUCGCCAAAGUGGCUACUAAACCAGAAUUCAUAGUUGCAAAGGAGAAAAAUAAUGUCAGUCGCAUUGGCAACUGUAUUUGUCGCAGCCCUGCUAAAAUAACUGAACUUUGUGUGGUAAUGUUACAUUGUUCCUCUUUUUUAACAGGCGAAAACCAAACAUUGGCUACAUUCACCCACCACCAACACAAAAGUCAACAACACGGUUCUCACCUACAGCCUUGACUCCGACCAUGUCAUCAAAGUCUUCGGUAUCACUGAAAAGUCCUGUGGGUAAGUUCAGAGUCUCAGAUUCUUGCUUAUAGUGUCCAAAGAUAAAAAUUGGCAAAAUAUUUCAAUUUCUUUUUGUAAAAUAAAUUUCUUUUAAAAAAUAAUUUUACAACAUAUACACUGUAUUAGAGUGAGGAAUUUUUUCUUGCAUGCUGAUUGGUUGAGAGUUAUGACCAAUAAAAGCACAGACCAUGGAAAUGACUUGAUAGUGGCACAAUUUGUUUUUCUCUUUCUUGCACACGCAAUUUUCUGAGAAACUUCAACUGAAAUGGACAUAAAAAAACUGUCAAUAUUUUUGUAAAUAAUAAAUCUAUAACAAUUUUCCUGAUGUAAAAGUUGUGAUUAUUUUGCCAUGUACAUGCAUGUAAGCAGUUUUAUUUUCAUUUUUUAACUGAUUGCGGCCCAUUGUCUUACAUGUGUAUGAGUGUAAGUUUUAUUGUUAUGGCAUGCAGGUAAAUGAGUGCACGAGAAUCAGGUUAAUGUUACGGCCAAUAAAUUUUAUAGAAUUGAUCACUGAUUAACAUAAUAUUAUUUUAAUGGCUGGUUUGUUCUAGAUUUGCCCAGUCCAUUAUCAUCACCCCUUGCUUCGGUAGGAAGAAAACGCCUGGCUGUUAGAACACGGCAAUCAGUCAAGUACACAGCAUUGACUCCAGAUAGGUGAGAAGGAAUUUUCAUGGCAAUUUGAAGCUAGUCGAGUGGUUUUCUGGUCACUGUCGUGCUAUAAAGAGCUAAAACUUACCACAAACUGGUUUACAGGUCGAACACUUCGCGGCCUUCUGAUCCAGAUGCAAAAUAUCAGCUUGCGAAGUUCGGGCAUGCGCAGAAAGCAAAAUUUCGACAUAGUUUUUGGGUUUAAAAGUGACACAGCAGUCUUGACUUUUACUUUUCGCUUUCUCUCCUCCCUUCUUUUUUUGCUUUUCUUGCCUCAAUUUUUUUUUUUUCUCUUGCUGGGCAUUUAGUAGGCUUGAUUUUGGUGGGAAGAGUUUUUAGGGAAGCAUUUAGGAUCUUAGGAUUAGGCAAAAGGAAAGGUAGGUGGGUAAUGGAACAAGAUUUUCAUGGAGAUUUUCAGGUCAAUGUCACGUGGUUUUUUGCUUGUUUCUCCGGUGUCCUUGACUGAAUUGUGCUCAUUCUGGUAUGGUUUGAAAGAUCUCUUCACUCUGCACAAGUUAGUGAAGAAAGUUGUCCUUGACCGUUAAAACUGAUGAUGUCACAAUGGGUAGAGAGGACCUGGAUCUGCACGGGCGGUUACGGGCAGUUCAGGGGGGAAUGGGUUAAUUGAUAAAUAAUUACGUUGUUCUCUUCAGUGUUCAAUAUGCAAGUCACAGGUCACUUAGUACAGCUUAGAGUGCCAUAAUAUAUAAAUAAUUUUAUCUGUACACUAUGGUAAACAAACAACUCGCAAUCAGAAAUAGAGUUAUAGCUUAAAGGGAAACUGCUUAUCUCAGUUAUAGAGCACUGACUUGCACUUGUGACCCAUGACUUGUGAUCUGUGUUUUGUUCCUGCCAGUCUACAAGUGGUUUAAAUUCUAGCAUGAUAAAAAAGGCUCUUUAAUUACAGUAUUUUUAAGUGAUCAUUAUUAUACUGCCAGUGAGUUAAUGAGUUUGUAUUAUUUUAUGUUCCAUAGUGAUCCACAUACCCUGGUUGAACUUAUGAACUUUAGUGCUCUUGGGAAAAUGCAGCCUUUUUCUGUAGAUAUUUCAACAAACUGUCUUUUGCUUAUGGUGAGUGUCAGCACUUUCAGCAGACUGCCAAUUAAAAUAGGUAUAUUGAGUUUGUAAUGAACACCUUAACAAUCACACAUACCUGUAUGAUCUAUAUAAUUGUUUAAAAACGUAUCAGCCAGUCUUAAAUUUAAGAGAGAUAACUAAAGUUUACAUUUCUAGAGAACACUGUCUUAUGUUACAGAUGACAAAAGAUACAGUACUGAAUAUCAGUUAUGUUUGGGGCAAUUUUGAAAGGAUCAUAAUUGAACCUUAAUUACAAAUGUAGGACAAUUAUUAUAAUGUACAUGUAUUAUAUAAGAUACUCGUACUCUUAUCUUGGGAUUACAGAAGUAAAAUAAAAUUAACAGCAGCUACAAUCAGGGACAAAAGUAAUAGACACACUUGUUUAAAAUGGGUGCUUUUAACAAACAUUUAAUUCAUUUAUUAUUUCAUUCCUUUUAAAGCCGUAAAUCACCCGACCCCCCGAAUCAAUGUUGUCUGAAGUAAAAAAAAGACUUGAGGGUCCAAAAUUCAACAUUGAUUUCGGUGGGAAGGGGUUGGGGUAGACAGGGGAAGGGGAUAAGUAUAUCCACUAUGCAAAAAGGGGCCAUUUUAUGGAAGUGUGUCAACACUUCUGUCCCUCAUUGUACCUUUACAAUCAAAUCCACAGGAUUACCAUUGUCAUCUAACAUCAAGUGAAGUAGUAGGAUACCUUGCUGGAAAGUUUGACCCACAAACGCAUCGUAAGUGUCCUGCUUAAGACAAUAGUUUGAUCUAGUACAGUGUACUUAAUAUGUUAACAGCAAUAACGUUAAGAAGAGAGCCAGUUGACUACUCAAAUUUUUAGUGCCAUUCAUCUUUUGUUCAUAGGAAGGAGGUAACGUAGAAGAAUCCCAUGUACAUGUAAAUAUGAGUGUGGAGGAUUCAUGCUAAAAUGUUUUGCAAAGAGUAACUCCAUAGGAAUAAACUGAAGUACCCCUUUAAAAAAGUCUGGGAGAAAAAUAGUAUGCAAAAUUUAUACAUGAAUAAGCUGAAUACCACUACAUGUAAAUAGCUACUCUAAACAUGUAUAUAAUUUUUUUUUUUUUUCUUCAAAAAAUAAGAACCUGUUUAAGAACCCAUAAUUUAUAACCUAGAUUUGUGCUUAUUACCAUUUAUCUAAGAAUAUGUCUAGGCUAACUUGCAUGGAAAAAUCCAGGUUCUUAGUCGUGGGUUUUUACUGUAUGCCAAUAUAACUUUAUUUCUUUAUGUCAUGCAGACAUGAAGAUUGUGCAGGCUUUUCCAUGCCGCUGUCGAUUUGCUGACAAAGAAAAUGCACCCAAGGUGGAAGAAGAGGUAAAUUUUUUACAUGUAGAAAUGUACUGUUGGCAUAAAACCUACCAGCUGUCAUGUGUAUUUUAUGCCAGCCUUUACUUUGAGUGUAGUCUUAAAGAAGAAGAGCAGUGGGAAUUGUAAAAAAAAAACUACAUUAUACCACAGAUUGAUGUUUUCAUGAUUUUCUGUACAUUGCCGCUAUACAGUGUACCUUAACAAUGGUACAAAUAGUAAAUAAACAAAAAUACAUGUAAUAAUAUUGAUUUAUAAGUCUAAUUUCUGUGGUAAACACUUCCUUCCACAAGGUGAGAUGAAAAUUUAAUGUUUAAAAUCCUUGCCCAGUUCAGGCAAGCAAGGUUUACUAGCCCGGGGAAGUCAUGCCGGCUUUAGCUUACCAUCAUCCUUUUUGGCUAACAUUUUACUUUAUCUACAGUAGGCAAAAUUAAUGUUGCUUCCCCAUAAGACAGCUUGUAGUUAAAACUUGAUAACCUGCUGACAGUUUGUUCCACUUCCCUCAGGCUAGCACUUUUGUUGUGGCCUUAUUUUAGCAGUUUGAAAUCUCAAUUUUAUCUGUAAAACCUUNCUUUAUGUCAUGCAGACAUGAAGAUUGUGCAGGCUUUUCCAUGCCGCUGUCGAUUUGCUGACAAAGAAAAUGCACCCAAGGUGGAAGAAGAGGUAAAUUUUUUACAUGUAGAAAUGUACUGUUGGCAUAAAACCUACCAGCUGUCAUGUGUAUUUUAUGCCAGCCUUUACUUUGAGUGUAGUCUUAAAGAAGAAGAGCAGUGGGAAUUGUAAAAAAAAAACUACAUUAUACCACAGAUUGAUGUUUUCAUGAUUUUCUGUACAUUGCCGCUAUACAGUGUACCUUAACAAUGGUACAAAUAGUAAAUAAACAAAAAUACAUGUAAUAAUAUUGAUUUAUAAGUCUAAUUUCUGUGGUAAACACUUCCUUCCACAAGGUGAGAUGAAAAUUUAAUGUUUAAAAUCCUUGCCCAGUUCAGGCAAGCAAGGUUUACUAGCCCGGGGAAGUCAUGCCGGCUUUAGCUUACCAUCAUCCUUUUUGGCUAACAUUUUACUUUAUCUACAGUAGGCAAAAUUAAUGUUGCUUCCCCAUAAGACAGCUUGUAGUUAAAACUUGAUAACCUGCUGACAGUUUGUUCCACUUCCCUCAGGCUAGCACUUUUGUUGUGGCCUUAUUUUAGCAGUUUGAAAUCUCAAUUUUAUCUGUAAAACCUUCCCGCUGCUUGUACAGUGUAAUUAAACUAAACACAAUUUUUUCUUUCUGUGGUCAGGUGCGGAAUGCCAUUGCACAGCGAGGUCUUGUUCUUGUUGGAUGGUAUCACAGUCACCCAUCCUAUCAACCAGAUCCAUCACUACAAGAUAUCCAGAAUCAGCUCAAGUAUCAGAAAAUAUUGCAACAUGAAACGUCUUCCUAUGGGCCUUGUCUUGGCAUGAUAGUAUGUAAGUGCAAAUGUACAUGUACUACAAGAGAUGUGUUAUCGCAAAAUCUUUGUGAAGCUGUAAAGGAUCGGGGAGAUCAGCAGUGAGAAUAAAGGGAAACAAGUCAUAAUAUUAUAGGCUCAAUCCCACUGAACAUGGCAUUCUUACAGUCAUACAAAUAAAAAAGGACUGUAAGGUUCAGAUCUGCCUAUAACUAGUCCAAUCUGGUGCAGAACUACCACAGGGUACACAAUACGCUUAACGCUUCAUGGUCACACUAUUGAGGGCAUCUCCAAUGCCAGUUGUGGACUUUGUUCCCCCAUUUUAUUGCAUUAUGUCUUGUUGUUGUGUCACUUAGUCAGUUUUUUGUUUAUUUUGUUUUUUAAUACAUUUUUAACAGCUCCAUAUGAUAAUUACCGACCAACAAAAGAGUCAACUGUACGAGCUUUCUGGGUUCAAGCUUCACCAGAAGGUCAAACCCAUAAACUAGGAGUUCCUAUGAUCAUGAAUAUCAGUACACAUCAAGAUCAGUUCCUUACUCAAGAUCUGCUAAAUGAAUUGGUAUGUAUAGAGAAUUGAGCUCAAGACCUAUCCAGUAUAAUAUUGUGAAUAUGCUUAAGGGCCUGUUUACAUGGAGGUGGGGGACCCCAGGUUGCUGAGGUAACCCGUUCGGGUGGAGUUAAAAAAAACCUGUCUUCUACAUGUAACCUUACAACCCCACCAUCUUGGGGUGCUUUUUCUCAAGAUUACUGAAUGGUCUCUAAGCACGUAAACACAAAAUGGCAGGCAAAGAUGUUUUGGGGGUUAAUGCUCCUCUUCUCUCACUUGCUGAUCUUUGGCUUGCUGUAACCUUUUAAUGCUGCAUGGCUUUCACUUUUAAUGACGCAAAGCUUCCGCCAAAGGCAUUUGAGGCGAAUUUGAUGUAAAAUGAAUCAAACCCCAGCUAGGUAGGGUACCCCACCUUGAAACAUUUACUUGGCAAAAUUUGACCCAGGCUGAGAGAGGGUACCUGGUCUGGCAGACCAGCCAUCCCACCUGGGAGGGUCACCCCACCUACAUGUAAACAUGAUCAAAUUAAAAUGAGAGAUUACAUGCACAGGCACGUUACGCCUUUUCUAGUGGGUUACCUCACAGGGCUGUCACUAAGAUUUCAAGUUGCCAGGUAAAUACAACAAGUUACAGUACAAGUAAUAUUUUUGACUUUUGUUUUCAGAGAUGGAUGUGGAGUUUCUACAAGGGUAGUCCAGACACUAUCAACUUUCAUAACUUGUGGCAUGGAAACCAAACUUACUUGGACAAAGUAAAGGUAAGAAUGGUAGCAAUGAAGAAAAAAAUUAUUUCUACCUAAACCUACACAUUACAUAUGUAAUAAUGAACCAGUAAUAAUGCAAGGCUUAUCCUUUCUUGAGAAAGGCCUUCAAUAUUAAUUUUUAGUUUUUUGUUUCACGACUUGGGAAAAAAGGAAUCACUAGUAAUUUUAAGAUUGUGAUGAAGGCUUAAAACCUUCCUUCUUAUGUUUGAUAUUUUUUAUGUUACAGGCCAAAAUUAAAUUCAGGUUAAAUGUGGUUAAAUGUAAUUUAGGCAAAGUUAACCUCGAAGCAAUGCUGGUCAGCUGUUUCCCCAGCUAUAUUAGGGGUGGCCCAAUGUCUCUAGCAGGGGCACCUCGUGACUUAUAUACGCAGUUGCUUGCUUGCAGUUCUUCGCAAAGUGUUGUUUCAAUUGCUUGCUGUUUGCCUGCCAGUUUGUGCUUUGGUUUUUCCCAUCCCUCCCUCCCUCUUGGUGUGGGCUAGGUAAGUAUUGGGUCGGUAAGUAUUCCACUGAAUUGUUCAGUGUGCCUGGUGGGGGCCGCUCGCAGGGUUGCCAUGGAUACCUCCUCCUCAUGCUAGAGCAUUGCCCGGCUCCACCAACUUCGAAGGCACCAACGCCCAAGCUCAUCUAUUGGUGAUGAGUUUAAAAUUUUUUAACCUAGGUUGAUUCUCAAUUUCCUUUGUCUCGUACAUGUAGCCCUAUAAACUAUUCAUGACUUAAUGCUAGGACACAAAGGAAAUUGAGAAUAAACCUUACCUAGGUUUAACAUGUAACAUAUACUUGAACUGAAUUGAGAUCCAUUAAGCUUGAAAACUACUCAGAUUUUUUCUAGUCCUUCCUUGAAUUUUGCUGAUUAAAGUCUAAAGCAAAGUUCAAAAGCAUACUGGAUCUAUUAACAUCUUCCUCUUUGGAAGUCGCGUCUACUAAGACAUUCAAGAGUAAACAGGAGGAAGAGUUUAAAAUGAUGCAUUUAACCCAACAUUUUAUGAUCUUUAUAAUGAUACACUUUCUAAAACAAAAUUUUGGCUUUUCUUUCAGUCAUCUUUGAUAAAGAAAUUCCCUACAGACCAGACAGAUGGAAGAUUUCUAGAAUUCAUCAACACACUUCUUACAUAGCACAGUACUGUUUAAAAAAAUAAAUAUUUUUUUAGUUCAUUUGUACAGUAAGUUAUUUUUAGUAGUAAUUGUGUAAGUUCUGUAACAUAAAAGUGUUAAAAAAGUUUUUUCACAGGAUAUUGACAGAGUUUGGAAAAACUGUAAAUCCUCGUAUUAAACUGACUUUUACUUUAAACAUUUCCUAGAAGGCAUGUUAACCUUUUCAUUCUAUGAACUAUGACUAAAGGAAAAAUUCCAAAUUUCUUUUGUAAAAUCAAAAAAUUAUUUCAGCAAAAGAUCUACCAAAAAGGUUUCAUUUCAAGGUUAACACCAGAGGAUUUUGUUCACAGAUUCAAUAUAAAGUUGGAAUGAAAAAUCAUCUAACC